AUUCCAAAAAGCAAAAACAAAAACCCAACCCUAACAACAAAACUCAGUAGCUCGGCCUCUGAACAACAAGUAGCAGAUACAACAAGUUGGAGUUGUGCGAAAAUCAUCAUCAUCAUCAUCAUCAUCCAGGAACAUAAUUGUGGUAGACUUUACUCUAAAUGAAGUCCAAGAUGUCCAAGAAAAAGGAAAAUGAUAAAUGUGUAGAAGAGAAUAAGCAAACGCAAAAUGAUGAAUUGAUUGCAGCCAAAUUGGAAGACGAUAUGGCUCUUCAGGAUUCAUUGAGAAAGGUUAAUGACUUGUUUAUAAUUACCCUAAUAGAGAACGAGAUUCGCGCUACUUUUUUGAAAGAGGAGAUGGAUGCAUUAACUGCGAAAAUACCGGAGCAUUUUGCAGCUGCAUUCUGUUUAAAGGUUAGUAAAGUGUACAUGAAAAUGAGUAAAGAGGUCAGUGAAUUUUUCAAUAUUGAUGACUUAAUUGAGGAACAAUUGGAGCGUGUUCCAGUUGCAUUGACAAUACAGUCCAUUAAAACGAACAUGAAAUUGCGAAAAUUUAUCGAUGAAUUGUACAUGGAUGGACAAGUAAGGUAUGCUGCUUUGUAUGUGGAGAAGUCUAGUAGGUUAAUCAAAGACAAAACAGAAAAGCAAGACAGAAAGCCAUAGAUUGCGGUCAAAUUGUGGACUUGACUGUAUUUGACAAUCCACUGAAGAUAUGUAAGGGGGUAAAAAAAAAAAACCUGGUCAUGAGAUGUAUGAAAUAGCUACUUAUUUAGAAAGUAACUGUGAAACAAGAACAUAUUCUUUAGAAGGUUCUCAGAUAUUGUUUGGAAAGAGGAUGUGCCUAAAUCACACGUCCUCUCAUGUUUAAUUUGAUACUAUCUGCUAUGUUCUUUGUUUAGAUAAUUAUCAUAUAUUUCAAAUAUACAUGCUGAGAUAGAGGUAGCAAAAUGGGCCUGACUCGUUGGAUUGGCCCGUUUAGCCCUCUAUUUUUUACAGACUGA